AGACGUUGGCGUCGCCGAGGACUCCGGAAAAUGACGGAACCGGUAAAGAUGUAGCAUUAAUGUAAAAGGUUUCAUAAAUGUGGUAGGAAAUGCGGGGUUAAUAAAAUAGUAGAAGGGACGUCUCGUUUUAAUGGAAGGAGCUCCGCUUCCGUCGCUGCAGAGGGACGCCAAAAUUUACGGUUCCACAGACCCAGAGCCCGUUAUUUGGCAUCCAAAGCUUCAGCGUAACGUCAGCUCCACAGUCAAAAGCACCGUUGUGGGCUAAUACUAGCAAACUAGCUAGUGUUACUGAAAACGCGCAGAGAAACCCGCUCGACAUGAUUGCAGAUCCCGCCUCCAAGAGAAAAUCAACCAAUCAAGGAUGAGUUUGGAGAAUGAUGGAUGUCCACAGAGCCAAUCAGAUCCAUACCCGCUUCCAGGUUACAACCUCCCCUCCCGGGCCCAUCUACAACCCUCCGCCCAGCUUCCAGCUCCUCAGCCUGGGCUCAGCUUCUGACCAGACACCGUGUUACAUCAACCCACAGUCCAACCAGAGCUCCCAGAGAGACCGUAGCACUCCUCACAAUAUAAUCUAUAGCCAUAAUGCUGAUGGGAGUGUGCAGCAAAUCAUUCCCAAUGCUCCUGUUUCAUCCAUGAUUCAACCUGGAAGGCAAGGGAAAAAUAUACCUCCAUGUUUUCUUCCUUCAGUGAAUGAGGGCAUGCAGCGCUGCAGCCCUCAACAAAUGCCACACUACUCCCCCCACAGCCCUCACCAAGCAAUAUCUGCCGCUUUCCAGCCUCCAUUUAUGCACCAGAUGUCACUAAAUGGGCCUCAGUCCCCAGUUCAGAAACAGCCGCCCUUUGGCUCCUCAUCCUUUACACCAUGUGGAGGUGAAGGAAGUUCUCAUCCACUGGCAGUUCAGUUGACUACCACAGGAACCAUAAGUGACUUUAUUACCAAUGCUGCACAGGAAAGAAUCAUCACACCACAGUCUCCUAUCUCUGAGUCUCGUUAUGGCCUUGACCCUGAGCUGUUGCCUAGUGUGGUGAAGGUGAUGGAAGAGGACAGGGCGGAGUGGGAGGGCAAGGUCUUUGUCUCUGAGCCUUUUUCUCGCCUUCCUCCUCUGGCAACUACUUCCUGUAUCAUAGAAGACAAUGGUAAUGCAAGUCCCUUUGCCAUCCGCUCCACCUGUUACUGUGUUCCCUGUGAAGGACAGACUGCCCUGCUCAGCCGCUUGCCGAUGGGAGCCCUCGUCACUCCUCUGGCAAAACAAAAUGCUGGAGAGAAGCCCCUCCUUGUGUGCAACCAGUCAGAAUGUAUUAUUGGUUGUCGCUGCUGUGGAGCCUCCAUGUGUCCAGCGAUGGACUGGCAGGACUGUGGCCAGAGGUUUUACUGCCCCUUCUGUGGGAAACUCACUGAAGUGCCGUGGCAACACUACCAGCCGACCAAAGGGGUGAACGGGGAUCGGGUCGAUAAAGACAAACGACCUGAGCUCAGUAUGGGAUCAUAUGAAAUACUCAACACACAGAAGGAUGAACCUGCUGCACUGGUUCUAGCCAUCGAUGUGUCUGCCACAGCUUUAAGACAAGGACAUCUAGAGUUUGUGACACAACAAAUACACACUCUGCUUACGUCUAUAAACAGAGAGGAUGGGGAUGCCUCAGACAUCCGUGUUGGGUUGAUGACAUACGACAGCAGGAUCCACCUGUAUGACCUCAGCCCCGUCCUGACUCGCCCACACAUGCUAGUCAUUACAGAGACAGAGGAUCUGCAGCUUCCUGUGAGGGAGGGGCUUCUGGUCUCCCUCAAAGAAUGCAUGGAUGGUAUCGACAGUGUGUUGCAGUUAAUUCCCCAGUUCAGCCCAGAAAGCGAUGACCCGACAGGAGUUUCCAUGGAUCUACCUGUUAAAGCAGGGCUGGCUGUGUUACAGACUCUGAAUUGUCCUGGCAAACUGCUGAUCUUCCACACUGCUCCUCUGAUUGAGAUGGGACUCAAAAACACUUCCUCAGGGUUCUUUGGCUGCCACAAACCAAAGUCCAUCUUUCAGCCGUCAGAGUUUGCCGUCUCACUGGCCAAGGAGUGCAUCCAUCAGGGCUGCGGCGUUCACCUGUUUGUCCUCUCCCAGCAAAACGUGGGGGGCGCGUGGCCGGGACACGUUCCAUAUCUAACAGGUGGAGCACUGCACAAGUACAGCCAUUUACAGGGAGAGCUGGACAGAGAGCGUUUCAGCACUGACCUAAAGACGAUCGUAGAAACCGAUACAGGCUUCAAGGCUGAGCUUCGGAUAUUUGUCAGCAAAGAUCUACGCGUGUCCGGCUCUUACGGACUAUUUGUCCCCGGUCCUAGUCCCAGUCAGGUUGCCAUGGCAACCCUUGAUGAACGGACAACAGUGGCGGUAGAGCUAGCACACAGCAGGGCUCUGGAUGAGACGAGAGGUGCAGCCAUACAGGCCGUCUUAUCUUACACAACCCAGAAUGGGGACAUGAGGACCAGGGUUCACACUCUGACCCUGCGUUGCUCACGUCAGCUCCAGGACACGUUCAGGCUUUUUCAGGCUCAGACACUGCUUACCUUUUACUGCAAGAAGAUGUACUGUUCAGUGUUGGAACGACCCCUGCAGGAACUGAGGGAGGAGCUGCAGACGGACGUGACCGAGGCGCUGGCGUCGUACCGCAAACACUGCUGCUCUGCUUCUGUGUCAGCUGGACAGCUAGUCCUUCCUCAGUACCUGCGAGCUCUUCCUGUUUACAUCAACAGUCUGAGGAAGAGCGAGGUGCUGCUGCCGGGUCUCAGGAGCUCGGUCCACCAGCGGCUGCAGCAGCGCUGCCAGGUGCUCAGCAUGGACACCUGCAGCACCACCACACACUUCUACCCUCAUCUGCUGCCUCUGCCGCUGUCGGCUGAUGGCUCCAACCCUCCGAGCCCAGUGGACGUGCUGCGCUGCUGUAGUGCCUCCCUGGAGCCCAGAGGCCUGUAUUUAGUCCAUGCACCCCUCACCCUGCUGCUCUGGGUAGGCACCCAGGUUCCGAUACGCACCCUGGUCGAGCUCUUCAACACCAGCUGCUUCUCCUCACUGCCCUCUGGAGAGACCAAGCUGCCGAUUCUGGACAACCCUCUGUCAGUCAAAAUUCAAUCCUUCAUCAACACGCUGAACUCCAAGGCUCCCUGGGCUCGCAAGAUAGCACAACUGCUAGUAGCUGCUGUUGAGACUGUCUUACUGUCUCAGCUGUGGGUGGUGAAGCAGGGUGACACCUGUGAGGAGGCCCUGCAGCGUCACCUGGUGGAGGACAAGAGUCCCAACGGAGGAGCGUCCUACGCAGACUUUCUCUACCACCUUCAUGUCAACUCUGUACGGAUGCUGCAGUGACUGAACACACAUGGUCUGAGUCAAAAUUAUCUAAAAGAUGAAGCAGAGGCAGGAGAAUGAGAUGCAUGAAGACCUUUAAGUAGAUAGAUCUUUUUUUCUUUUUCUGUGUGUGUGUGUGUGUGUGUGUGUGUGUGUGUGUGUGUGUGUGUGUGUGUGUGUGUGUGUGUGUGUGUGUGUGUGUGUGUGUGUGUGUGUGCAUAAUCCUAUGUAAAUAAAUAAAAGCUGUAAUUAACCUUAAACCUUUAUGUUUUUUUGUGCUGCAUUUCAUCUGAGAUACUUUUGACAUUGAUUGCAUCCAAAUGUGACAAGCAGUGAAGCGGAAUCUUACAUGUCAUUAUGUAAUUGCUGAUUAAAAUGUGACUCAGGAAGC